GUUUUUCUCAGGAUUUAGCUAUCAUAUUAAUGCACAGUACAUCGUUUCACAAUUUAAAUGAAGCCAUAUGCCAUGCUAAAUAAUAAUUAUUCACCAUUUUACAUAUGCAUACAUAAUAUGUACUUGCUGAGUAAUACAGUUUUCAUUUAGUGCGGUAUGGAAGGAAAAGAAUCGGAUUUCUUGUUUAGUGAAGCUUGCUUGCUAACUAUGCAUGGUAAUAAUGUCGCCAUUAUUCUCGUUUGUUAACUUGGCUCUGGAUACGUAAGAAGUUUUAAUGGGCUGAACAGGAAAUUGGAACGGAAUGUAUGUAUGAAAGAAAAUGAGAAUGCGUCCAUUAUAAAAUUUAAACAAUCUCGACUUAUUUAACAAUAAGGGAGACAUAAAAUUAUUAUUUUUAAUUUUUAUGACUUCAUACAGUUCUCAAAUUAAAAAAUGCAAAUAUUCGCAGCUUGAAACGAACCCGAAUUUACGAUCCGAAUUUUUAUCGUCUUUACAGUUUUCGCAGCGAAGAAACCUUCAACUUUUCAAUCACGGAGGGUGAAUUAUGCCCGACAAACGGAUUUGAUUAUAACAAAUUUUUGACUGAAUAGAUAAUAAUAAUGCCGUCAAAAAGUGUGGUAUCCAACUAUCGACGACCAUCUUCCUGGCGACGUUCAAGGGAUGAUAAUCAAGAAAUAUAUCCCGAUUAUCCUGGAGUGUGUGACGAUGACAGUCUAGGAUGUUCAGCGUCCAGAAACCUUCGCCAAAAAUUGACCACUUCGAAUAAGACAACUGCCGUAUCCUACAAGAAGAAUCGAAGAAAAUCGUCCGUGCAAAUUUUAGGCUUGCGAGAACUACAAAAGGAAGCAAUGGCCAUAAAAAGGGGAACGUACUGGUCCCUCUUCCUCAUGGGGUCCAUCUACAUGAUCGGAGAGUUAGGACAUUUUCUCUUGGGGACAGUCAGCAGAUCAAUGGCUCAAGACAUUCAUUAUGGAGACAAAGGGUGCCUUAAAGAGGCAAACAUGGACCAUGUUAAGUCUGAAGUUUGCACAGAUGUCGAGAAUGAAUCCGAAUGCUGGAAUGUGACUGCAAUAGGAUCGAAUGGGACCCUGGUCCCAGCCUGUACUUGGGACUAUACCGGUCUCGGCUUAGAAUAUCAUAUUCUUGCAGGACCAGCUUUUGUGGCUAUGUUUACGGUUGCAGGACUGGGAUGGGGCUAUUUUGCCGAUAAAUUCAACCGGGUCAAAUUUCUAACCGUAGCAGCCUUAAUUUUCAGCGCUGCCAUUUCAGGAACCUCAUUCGCCACGAAAUACUGGCAUGUACUGCUCUUCAGGAUGGCUUUAGGCGUCGGCGAAUCUGGAUGCAGUCCGUUGGCAUCAGGGAUUAUUGCAGACAUGUUCCCAAAGAGUCGACGCGGGUUGGCAAUGAGUCUCUUCAACUGGGGAAUUUAUAUAGGCUACGGACUUUCAUACACUGUUGGGAAUUACGUCACAGAUGCCAACAUUUUGGAUAAGGGAUGGAGAGCGUCUUACAUGGUGAGUGGCAUACCUGGCAUCAUAUUAGCUGUGAUCUUCCUCUUCACGGCCAUAGAACCUUCGAGGACGCUUUCAGACGCUGAAAAUGAAGCCAUCACAGUCAGUGUCACCAUCAAUAUAGGCUCGGAAACCUAUAAUGAGACAAAUGACGGGAAUGGCGUGGUGAAGUACACCAAUAAAGAACACUCUGAUCCACACGGGGUUGCUGGUUGUGUGGGUCAUGGAGACAAUUCGGGCGGCGGAGGAGAUUUGACUACUGCACGACCAAAGGUGAUGAUGGACAUGGAGGAGGACGUAACAAAUCAUGGAGAUGGGAGUAAUCUCACCAUAAUCCAAAAGGAGAAAGGUGGCAAUAAUGCUAGUGGGUCGAGGUGGGGUGAAUUACUUCACGGCCUUAGGAUAGGGUGGAAGAUAAUGAAAAAUCCGGCCAUGAUCUUCCUCCUUGUCGGAGCUUGUGUUCGCCAUUCUGCUGGUUUUUGUUGGGGAUAUAAUUCUGCCUUGUACUUCAAAACGUACUAUCCGGACUACGAUGUGUCAUUAUGGCUCACAGGAAUAUCCAUUGGAGCAGGGGCAGCGGGUACCUUAAUCGGAGGUUAUGCGUCGGAUCGACUUGUGAGCAAAUUGGGGAUCUCUGCACGAGCUUUGGUUCUAGCCAUCAGUCAAUUAAUCGCUAGCCCCUUUGCUUUUGCAUUGUUUUUCUUGGAACCCCCAUUGGCACUGUUUUCUCUCUUGGCUGCGUAUAUCGCUGCCGAAAUGUGGUUUGGCGUCAUGUUUGCAAUUCUGGUGGAACUCGUCCCUACCGACAUUCGUUCCAAGGCUGUGUCAAUUGUACUUUUUUGCAUUAAUAACGUUGGAGGAAACACACCUGUAAUUGUUGAUCCGAUUGCCAAUAUCACCAGCUACCGAACAGCAAUUAUCAUUCUCUACCCAGGAGCUCUAAUUACCAGUUCCAUCCUCUUCUUCAUCUGCUGGGCCAUUCUACGAUCUCAAAAACAAAACAAAUGAAGCACAGCCAUCCCAGAUGCUACACAUACUUUUUCUUAGCUUUUGUUCACACGACUUCCGUACGCCGACCUACCGCCAACACCGUUUAGUUGGACUAUUGGAAUUUAAAGCAGUACAAAUUAUUAUCGUCCCUCAACCUUCUGAAGGAUAAGGCGAAAUUGUUUUUUCUAAACUCUUUUGCUCAGCCUUAUGCAUGACUUGUUGAACUGUGUUAGGUAGCAAUAUGUAUGAGACACUGUUCUUAUGAGUCUAUUAAUCCUAAGCUAUUUAUAGUAUAUAAUAGGACCGAAUUGAAUCUGAGAUCGAUGAGUUGUUAAUGGCACGUUGACAAUUUUUGCAAAUUUUUUCCUUAGCUACUCCAAUAUAUCAUUCAUACAUACAUCGUACCUCAAACGACCCAUUGGAAGAGAUCAAAGAGUGGUUUGUGAGCAAUUUAUAAAUGGAUAAGUACAUUCAUUUUAUUUCAUCCCACGAUGUAUGGGAGGGUUAAGCUGGACAAUUUUUUGCCAGGCUUGUGCACAUGCCAAUAACUUUCGAGUUCCAAGGUUCUUUAUAAUCACGAAAUUAUGAGGUAAGCUCUCCCAAGUCAAUAUUCACAUUAUUUAUACGCUCCUCGAUUAGUUAAUCCAAUUAAUUUCAUUCUGCGCAUUAAAUAUGCAAAUAAUCAGAGAACUUUAAUUAUAAAAAAUCUGUCAAUUAGUUGUCAUCGGAAAGUCAUACACGUGUGGAAUCUCAUAAACUAUUUUUUUCUGAAUGUAAAUGAAUUCGUGUGGGGGUGGAAUUAUAAACGCUGCAGACAUCCAGAGUAGGCGACGCAGUAUAUACAGACAUAAGUAUGUAGAUACAUACAUAUGUACAUACAUACGUGAUUUUGGACUUGAUCGUCGUCUUUAUAGGCAUAGGAUAAUUAUGUAAUAAUUUAAUGAAGUUGGCACAAAUAUACAAUUUGUACAAGUAUUUCCUUAAACAUAACUAAUUGUACAUAAGUAGAAACCUCACUUUAAUCUGCUGUAUUAAUCGGCUACAUAGAUUUGAAGAUUUGAAGUUAUUUUGUUAUAUCCUUAUUUUACUUAUCCUUAGUUAUGUAUUGUUUGCUUGGUUUGACACCAGAGUAAAAAAUGGCUGGAAAUCUAAGAUCCGAAAUCUAAAAACAAUCAUGUUCUUCAUAAACAUGUAAUGAACUUAUAUGUAAAAACUAACUCUUAUAAAUCCGCUAAAUUAAUUUAGCAACUGGUUUUGUGUACAAUUAUUGUUUCUACGCCUUAAAACGUUUGAGACGAAGUUUCAUCCCAAAAAUAAAAGGCAAGAAUUUGCUUGCCCAGCUAAUAAAAAUCA